UGCUUUCAUAUCGGGAUCACAGUCAUUGGGUGCGAUGCUGCCUCUGGGUGCUCUGCAACCGACAGCCGCCCGACCGACUGCCGCAGGGGCUUUCUGAACCAGAGCCGAGUGCUGCCUACACACACAAGCUACCAGCUCUCAUACUCGGCAAAAUCGCUCCACUAUCACGUACUGACCUAACAGUAUAUGAUAUUUUCAAUGGACGCCGUUUCGCACGAUAUGUUUUAAGUCGCAGUUUUUGAACGUGGAAAUUACCCCUUCUUCUCGGAUUAAUUUUUGAGGUACAACUGUGAUCUCUUCAUCACACAUCGACUGGAGCAGAGUCAGCCACUCCAUUUGCUAGCGCAUGCGAACAUCUCGUCGUUGGCAGUUAGCUUGGUAACGUUAGUCGAUGUGUCUAGCUUUCUGUAUGUUUAGUUUCCAUAAUACUGGAUUUAGUUUUCAGUUGCCCUUGGCAUCGAGCUAGCUUUAGAUUGUGUAUCGUUUUAAACACCAUUAGCUAGCUAAAGCUGGCUAGCUACGUGUUAUAACAAGCAAGGGAGAUUUUGUUCGUCAAAGCACAUCUGACUGGUUCGAGAUCAGCAAGGGGGUUCGUUGGGAUACGGAAUGCGACUCGCUAAAUAACCAAGCCUGGGCUACACAGGAGAAACCACAUACAUUUCUCCGUUUUCAUUCAAAAGGGACCAUGUUUGAGUGACAAGCGAAGGAGGAAGUGGGAUCUCUGAAGCUCCUCCCCCUGCUGGUGGAGACCCUGUACAUCUGGACCAGAGACCCCUUUACUCAGCAGGACAGGAUGCGGAGGUUUGCCUACUGUAAGGUGGUACUGGCCACCUCCCUGGUGUGGGUGAUGUUGGACAUGUUCAUCCUGCUCUACUUCAGUGAAUGUAACAAGUGUGAUGACAAGAGGGAGAGGGGCCUGCCAGGCAGGGACGAUACAGUAGUGCGUACCAGGGAGGGUCCAGGAGAAGGAGGUAAACCUGUGGUGAUUUCUAAAGACAACCAGGAGAAGAUGAAGGAGAUGUUUAAGAUCAACCAGUUUAACCUGAUGGCCUCGGAGAUGAUCGCUUUCAACAGAACCCUGCCUGACGUCCGCCUGGAGGGCUGUAAGAAUAAGCUGUAUCCAGACGAUCUGCCUCGUACCAGUGUAGUGAUCGUGUUCCACAAUGAGGCCUGGUCCACUCUGCUGCGGACCGUCCGCUCUGUCAUCGACCGCUCCCCCAAGUCUCUAUUGGAGGAGGUAGUACUGGUGGACGAUGCUAGUGAGAGAGACUUCCUGAAGCGGCCGUUAGAGCAGUAUGUCAGGAGGAUGGAGGUUCCAGUCAGAGUGGUGAGGAUGGAACAGAGAUCUGGACUGAUCAGAGCUCGACUGAAAGGAGCCUCACUCUCCACCGGACAGGUGAUCACGUUUCUAGACGCUCACUGUGAGUGCACCAUUGGCUGGCUGGAACCUCUACUGGCCCGCAUCAAACUAGACAGGAAAACGGUGGUGUGUCCCAUCAUCGACGUGAUCAGUGAUGACACGUUUGAGUACAUGGCUGGUUCUGACAUGACCUACGGAGGCUUCAACUGGAAGCUGAACUUCCGAUGGUACCCUGUACCCCAGAGAGAGAUGGACCGCCGCAAGGGAGACCGCACUCUGCCCGUCCGGACUCCUACCAUGGCCGGUGGGUUGUUUUCUAUAGACAGAGAUUAUUUCCAGGAGAUAGGGACGUAUGACGCAGGUAUGGACAUUUGGGGAGGAGAGAACCUGGAGAUCUCCUUUAGGAUCUGGCAGUGCGGGGGGACGUUGGAGAUCGUGACGUGUUCUCACGUGGGUCACGUGUUCCGGAAGGCCACGCCCUACACGUUUCCAGGAGGAACGGGUCAGAUCAUCAAUAAGAACAACAGACGCCUGGCCGAGGUCUGGAUGGACCAGUUCAAAAACUUCUUCUACAUCAUCUCCCCUGGUGUGACGAAGGUGGACUAUGGUGACAUCACGUCUCGCUCGUCUCUGAGACAGAAGCUGCAGUGUAAACCUUUCAGCUGGUACCUGGAGAACGUCUAUCCUGACUCCCAGAUACCACGACACUACUACUCAUUGGGAGAGAUCCGUAACGUGGAGACUAACCAGUGUCUGGACAACAUGGCCCGGAAGGAGAACGAGAAAGUUGGCAUCUUCAACUGCCAUGGCAUGGGAGGAAACCAGGUGUUCAGCUACACGGCCAAUAAAGAGAUCAGGACAGAUGACCUGUGUCUAGACGUGUCCAAACUCAACGGUCCUGUCAUGAUGCUCAAGUGUCAUCACCUCAAAGGAAACCAGCUCUGGGAGUAUGACCCCAUGAAGUUGACCCUGAUCCACGUCAAUAGUAACCAGUGUCUGGACAAGGCCAGUGAGGAGGACAGCCAGGUGCCCAGCGUCAGAGACUGCACACACACUCGCUCUCAACAGUGGCUGCUACGCAACGUCACGCUGCCUGAGAUCUUCUGACCGCCGCCCACCCACACACACACACACACACACUGACAGAGAGCGAGAGAUUGAGAGGAGGGAAGAAGGGACAGUCCACGCUGAAUGGGAUGAAGCAGGCUAUCUCUGGGUCCUUCUAUGGCGGCUGCGAGAGAGAGAACAUGUUUGGACUCAAUUGAGGAGAGACAUACUUUUAUCAAGAGAGACUGGUGAUGUUUUAAAGAGAGAGAGAGACCUGCUCCUGGAGAGACAUGUUUUAAAGAGAGAGAGAGAGACUCACAGAGAGAAACAAGGUUCUGUGUUGCUCACACCUUCCAUGGACAAGGCAGUCUUCCCAACGUUGCAAACUCAUCACUUAUGUUUACCUGACUGCCUGUAGUGUGUGUGUGUGUGUGUGUGCGUGUGCGUGUGCGUGUGUGUGAGCAAGUGCGUCUCAAGUAAAGGUGGCUCAUUAGUGAUUUUUUUAUUACAUUUUUUUUCAUUGAGUUUGGAAAUGAACUCUGGUGAACUCAUAUGAAGGAAGGGUGUGUGUGUGUGUGCGUGCGUGCGUGCGUGCGUGCGUGCGUGCGUGCGUGCGUGUGUUUGAGCGAGCGAGCAUGUGUGUACAUGUGUUGGGAUAUACCCUCCUAUUGCAGUAUUGUAUGACUGUGCAUGUAUGAGGACAGCCGCACCUAGCAGUGUCUGUCUCCCUCUAGUGUUCCUCCCCUGAGUUGCUGCCUAAAGAGAGACUCAGAGAGAGGAGAUGGAAACAGAGAGAGAGGGGACUCAACUCUCCAGCGAAGCACCAAGGAACAAUGUGCUGAACCACAAACUGAACUGAUUCCCUAAUUGACAGACCUGCACUCCUACAGACAGAUAUAGAGACAGAAAUAAUAUGUUUGUGAUAUACUGAGAUUUCUAUGUAGACUUUUUUACAUGUCUUUGUUUAUUACUGUGAGAGUUCCACAGAGCAGCGACUGUAGUUUAUCUGUUUAUGUCUUUAAGGUAAAGUGUUUAACAUAGAGCUAAUACGGCUGCUGGUUGACGUUGCCCUUAGCCACAGAUCAAGAAUCAGCUUACCCUCCCCAAAUCCUAACGUUAACCAUUAUGGGUAGGAAACAGGAACUGAUCUUAGAUCAGUGUCCGGAGGCAACUUGAUCCUCCUCCGCUAAUACACACUAGUACACACACGGCCCUGGGCCUCUGCAUAUCUGAUGUGAUGGAUCUAAUGAUCACGUACACACAUACACAAACAGAAAUACAAACGCAGGUUACACACGUACACACAUACACAAACAGAGAUAAAUACACAGGUUACACACGUACACACAUACACAAACAGAAAUAAACACACAUACACAAACAGAAAUACAAACACAGGUUACACACGUACACACAUACACAAACAGAAAUACAAACACAGGUACACACGUACACGCAUACACAAACAGAGAUAAACACACAUACAAACACAGGUUACACACAUACACAAACAGAGAUAAACACACAUACAAACACAGGUUACACACAUACACAAACAGAAAUAAACACACAUACAAACACAGGUUACACACAUACACAAACAGAAAUAAACACACAUACAAACACAGGUUACACACAUACACAAACAGAAAUAAACACACAUACAAACACAGGUUACACACAUACACAAACAGAAAUAAACACACAUACAAACACAGGUUACACACAUACACAAACAGAAAUAAACACACAUACAAACACAGGUUACACACAUACACAAACAGAAACAAACACACAUACAAACACAGGUACACACGUACACACAAACAGAAAUAAACACACAGGUUACACAAGUACACACAUACACAAACAGAGAUAAACACACAUACACAAACAGAAAUAAACACACAAGCUGAACUGGACUGUCACUUUAAUCUUCUCUAUCAUAUCUUCUUCCUGAAGACGUCCUGAUAAAACACUCCAAUGGCUCCAUCCUCCAUGGUGUGUAUGUGUGUGUGUGUAGCACUAACUCCAUGCUAACCCCAGCCCGUCAUCUCCACUCUUAUCAGCACAUCAGUUUAAUGCGGUUUCUAUAUCACUGAACAGCACAGUGGAGCUGCAUAGACUGACCAGAGGUCAGUUAAGGGCAGUAUCUCAGUAUCAUACAUUGACUUCUAUGCUUUGUAUCGUUAGAAUAAUAUGGAGGCGGUUCAGGAAUGCAGUAAGUGUUUGAUCAUGAAUGUGGGAGACGGAUGUAAGGUGUCCUACAGUAUCUCACUCCAUAACCACACAUAUCUUUCUGGUCAACACAGACCUCUGUUCAUAUCACUCCUUUACUUAACAUUUCAACACAGACCUCUGUUCAUAUCACUCCUUUACUUAACAUUUCAACACAGACCUCUCUGCUCAUAUCAAUCCUUUACUUAACAUUUCAACACAGACCUCUGUUCAUAUCACUCCUUUACUUAACAUUUCAACACAGACCUCUGUGCAUAUCACUCCUUUACUUAACAUUUCAACACAGACCUCUGUUCAUAUCACUCCUUUACUUAACAUUUCAACACAGACCUCUGUGCAUAUCACUCCUUUACUUAACAUUUCAACACAGACCUCUGUUCAUAUCACUCCUUUACUUAACAUUUCAACACAGACCUCUGUGCAUAUCACUCCUUUACUUAACAUUUCAACACAGACCUCUGUUCAUAUCACUCCUUUACUUAACAUUUCAACACAGACCUCUGUUCAUAUCACUCCUUUACUUAACAUUUCAACACAGACCUCUGUGCAUAUCACUCCUUUACUUAACAUUUCAACACAGACCUCUGUUCAUAUCACUCCUUUACUUAACAUUUCAACACAGACCUCUGUGCAUAUCACUCCUUUACUUAACAUUUCAACACAGACCUCUGUUCAUAUCACUCCUUUACUUAACAUUUCAACACAGACCUCUGUGCAUAUCACUCCUUUACUUAACAUUUCAACACAGACCUCUGUUCAUAUCACUCCUUUACUUAACAUUUCAACACAGACCUCUGUUCAUAUCACUCCUUUACUUAACAUUUCAACACAGACCUCUGUGCAUAUCACUCCUUUACUUAACAUUUCAACACAGACCUCUGUUCAUAUCACUCCUUUACUUAACAUUUCAACACAGACCUCUGUUCAUAUCACUCCUUUACUUAACAUUUCAACACAGACCUCUGUUCAUAUCACUCCUUUACUUAACAUUUCAACACAGACCUCUGUGCAUAUCACUCCUUUACUUAACAUUUCAACACAGACCUCUGUUCAUAUCACUCCUUUACUUAACAUUUCAACACAGACCUCUGUUCAUAUCACUCCUUUACUUAACAUUUCAACACAGACCUCUGUGCAUAUCACUCCUUUACUUAACAUUUCAACACAGACCUCUGUUCAUAUCACUCCUUUACUUAACAUUUCAACACAGACCUCUGUUCAUAUCACUCCUUUACUUAACAUUUCAACACAGACCUCUGUGCAUAUCACUCCUUUACUUAACAUUUCAACACAGACCUCUGUUCAUAUCACUCCUUUACUUAACAUUUCAACACAGACCUCUGUUCAUAUCACUCCUUUACUUAACAUUUCAACACAGACCUCUCUGUUCAUAUCACUCCUUUACUUAACAUUUCAACACAGACCUCUGUUCAUAUCACUCCUUUACUUAACAUUUCACUUAUCAUUUUGGUUUACCUCUUCUUUUUAGUUUUUUUUGUAUCACCCGCUUUUAUCAGUUUGCCAGUCUGCGAGAGGACGUCUGUCAUUAACUAUUUCAACCUCCUCUGUUGGGGGAGGGGUUUACACACGGUUCUGACAUUUCAUUGGCUCAUCUUUGCUGUGGAGGUGGGUGGGGGGGGCUUUACUUGACGGAUUCAUGUUUGAUUGAAUGACUGUACGAUAAAGAUGUGUGAUUUCUGAUUGGUGGGUUUUGACUGAGCCAGACGAGGACUGUUUGUAUGUAAAGGAUCGACUCUUGUCAGGGAGGGGCAGGGUUUGUUUGAUUGACAGCUGUAUGAGUUCUAUCCAGGCUUCCACACUGAGCUGUUUCAAACGUUGUAGAAAUAAAAGUCAGAACGUUUACAGAACACCACAACGACAA